AUGGCAACACACACCUCACCGAUGGAAGCAGCUACCGCAGCAAUCCAGUGCAGUCGCCUGCUAGAUCUUGCACCAACCAGUGAACAGACGAACGCCCUGAAAGAAUGGCAGCGCAUCUCGCCCAACAUCAUCCUCGGGCUCAAUGCCUACAGAACCGACAGCGUACGCCCCGCCCCUCCUCUCCUUCGAAUCUUCGCCCGUCUGUUCUUCCACGGUGAGCUCGACAAUAUCGUGUACUACAUCUCGCGAGAUAUAAGUUCCCACGGCUUCACUAGCCUCGACGACCAGGGCCGACUGACGAUCACGAUAGAUAUAGAGCAUCGGCAUUCGUCUCGCGAUACGUAUAGGGCGGGAAGCGUCAUUAGUACGAUCCUGCACGAGUGCGUUCAUGCGUAUUUCGACAGGGUCGUCUGUAUCGGAUAUCCCAGCACGCCGCAGUGCGAAGCCUUGGGGUGCAACAUCAAGGAAUUCGACGAGCUAGCUCAUGUGGGAAACCGUGGUGGACACGGUCUCGCAUGGCACGACUUGGCUUUAGAAGUCGAAAGUCUCGCGGGUAUGAUGCUGGGAAUGGAGAUUAGGCUGGGAAGAGAUGGUGCAGCGGAGCUACACAUCCGCACUACAGAAGAGAGAUUCUCGCGGGAUGUCUACAGGAGAUUGUUUCCUGGACGACAUGUUGAGUGCUGGGGGCAGAAUGGGCGGAUAAUACUUGUGAUUAGAGACGAGAAGGAAGAAGAGAGAAUAGAAGAGAAGGAGUGA